AUGUCGUCGUCGCCGUUAAUACUUCUCCCCGGGGAUGAGAUUCCACCAGAAUAUUUGCCCUCAAAAAACUCCGCCCCAUUACGACUAGGACCGGGCCUUCGCCUCCUCUCGCACCCACACCCUUCGCCUAGUCAUCUUCUUACUGCCACACAAGCCGGAAUCCUCUCAACAGAUAACAAAAGAAAUGCCGUGUCGAUUCUUUCAUCUGCCACGCGCCGCUAUAUCCCCACCCCCAACGACCUCGUGAUUGCGCAGGUCCACCACUCCAGCAUCGAUUAUUUCUACUGCAUGAUUACCCCCCAGUCGCCCCAUGCGCUAUUGGGCCAACUCUCGUUCGAAGGAGCGACGAAGAAGACACGACCAAUGCUGAAACAAGGAGAUUUGGUGUACGCGCGCGUACUGUCAACUGGACUAGGUGCGGGUGCGGAAGUCGAACUCGCCUGUGUCAAUCCCGCAACAGGGAAAGCUGAACCGGGCGGCCUAGGUCCCCUCACUGGUGGGAUGGUGUUUGAUGUUUCUACAGGGCUGGCUGCGAGGCUCAUGAAGGCGAGCUCCUCGCCAUCAUCAGAUCAACACGGAGUGGCCGGGUUGGUGGUCCUAGACGAGCUAGGCAAGAAGCUGGAAAAGGCCGGAGGAUUCGAGAUUGCGGUAGGGAGAAAUGGGAAGGUCUGGGUUGACUGCUCAAAUAGCGAGGAUGUUGCUGUCAAGGCAACAGUAGCAAUUGGACGUUGCCUCAGCAUUAUCGAUGAGCACGAUCUCAACCCGGCGGAUCAAAGAAAGUUGGUGACCAGGAUAUUACGCGAGAUGAAAAUAGAGUCAUGA